ACAUCCCUAUGACGUUAAUUAGAAGUAAAGCGGAUAUUCCUAAUCUAGAAGAAAAACCAACUCUUACAACCAAUGAUAUCGUCAUCAAUAAAUUAGCGCAAAUUCUUUCUUACUUGAGACAAGGACCUCGGCACUCGAAAAAAUCUAAGAAGAAGGAAAAAUCUCAGGUUGAAGAGAAUAUAUACCCAGAGGUUGGUGACUACAAUCCAUCGCUUGUCAAAAGUGAAUCAUCAGGAAAGAGAAAAACAUCUAAUUACUUCAGUUCCACUGAUCGUGAGAACAAGCUACAACAACAGAACCUUGAUAGACAAGAAGAGCGGAAGAAAAUACUGCGAGGUGUUGCAGCAAAAGAAGAGGGUGGAAAACAAUCAGGACUUCUCUCUCGUCUUGCUGCAGAGCCAACUGGUUAUGCCGAAUGCUAUCCAGGUUAGUUUUGCUGUACAGGAAU